CAUCCCUGCAAACUGAUACCAGAUCACUUUCUGCAAUGAAGUCCAAACUGCAUCUUCUGUUUUGGCUUCUUCUUCUUCUUCAUCAUCAAAGACCUUCCAUGAGCUCUCCCUUUCCCAGAUCUGGGUGUAGACCUGGUACAGCGGAAGAAUGCAAGGAUGCCAAAUUUGUUCCAGGCCAUACUCUAUUAGGAGAAGGCAUUGAUAUUGUCACCAUGAAGUCAACCGGCUCUUUUCUUCUGGAUCUACAGGAGGUUGGAGAGAAAUGUGCAGUGUGUGACAACCCUCACAACAAAAAUGUGCUGCAGAAGCUGCCCAAGGCGCUGGUGGACUGGAGACCAGAAACUUCAUGUUACAGAAAUAUACAAAGCUUGACAUCUACAUCUACAGUGUCAGUGGCCAAUGAAGCAACUUCUGAAGUGGAGAACGACUGGAAAGUUGGUCUCAAAUUGAACAUUCAUAUGGCCAACCUAAACAUAGCUGUGGGAGGUUCUCACAGUCAGAUGACCAAAUUUGCCGAUAGUAAAAGCAGCACGGACAAUUACAAUUUUCUGAGCCAGAAAUUAGAAUGUGCUUUUUAUAGUUUUGGCCUGGGAUCCAAUGCCUCGUUUACACCUCAUUUCAAUAAAGAUUUGAAAAACCUCCCAGAUUCCUAUGAUAAUAACACCAAAGCUGAAUACAGACGUCUGAUAGCUAACUUCGGCACACACUAUAUCACACGUGUAAAAGUCGGAGGUCGGACCCAAGCGGUCACUGCAGUGCGAACAUGUGAAGUGUCUAUGAGUGGUUUGCAAAUGCAUGAGGUCAAGGAUUGCCUUCGAGUCGAAUCUGAGAUUGGGAUAUUAAAGUUAGCAAGUAUCAAUUCCAAAGUUGAAGAUUGCAAAAAAAAAUUAAAGAAAGCGGGAUAUGCUGGGGAUUUCCAUCAAGCAUUCAGUGAACGCACGUGGAAGGUCAUAGGAGGAAAUGCGAAAUUUGAUCUUCUCUCACCUGAUACGGCCUCUGCUGAUGUCUUUGAGCAGUGGAUGGAAAGCUUGAAGACUCAACCUGGUCUGGUUUCCUAUUCCUUAGAUUCCAUCCAUAACUUGGUAAAAACGAGGGGUCCUAAGAGAGAGAACCUCAGGCUGGCUAUAAGUGAUUACAUCAAUGAAAUGGCUAUAACACAGAAGUGCUCAUGUCCCGGCCGUCAAGGGAAAGACUGCUCCUGUUCAUGUCCAGCUUCUAGGUACACAAGUUCUAACUGCUGCCCAACACGUCGACAAGUCGCUAGGGUUCACCUGUCCAUCAAAGAUGCCAGUGGUCUGAAAGCUGACGUUUUCUCACAGGCAGACGCCUACGUGAAAUUUAGAUUCCAUCCUGAAGAAAUAAGAACCCCAACAAUCUGGAAUAAGAAAAAUCCCACGUGGAAUAUGAAUUAUAAUUUCGGAGUUCUAGAGCUCAGCCCAAUUAAGAAAUACACAAUAGAGGUUUGGGAUCAGGACGUAAAAUAUGAUGAUUUUCUGGGAAAAUGUGAAAGAGUUCUGACAUCAGGUACUACUACUCACACCUGUUCUCUAAAGAAAGGCACGAUUAGAUAUUCUGUAACUGUUACUUGUGUUGAUCACCUCAGAGGGCCGCAUUGUGAGAGUUAUAGCCCAGUGCCACCGACUGUUUAG